UAGACAUUGGCUGAUGUCCACUUGUCUUUCAUCUUUAUACAAUGCGGGGCAAACCUCAAGUAACUUUCGAUGGCAUCCGGAAGAUCAUCAGCUUCAGCUCAAAGCUUUUACCUAUCAUACUAUUAUUUUGACAUCGUUCUCAAAAGCAAUAUCAGCAAAAUGUCCUCUUGCCAAGAGACUGUUUCCAGAACCUCUCAAACAACACCUUCUCGUCCCUCGAAUCGCAUGUCAUCUACAGAAACUGGCCCGGACGCUCAAGGGCGCAGUAGGACGACGUCCGUGGACUCUGACCUAUCUCACUACCUCCACUUCGAAGACAACGAUUCCUUUUUCCCACCUAGCGAACUCGGAGAGAAGCCAUCGCCAGAAGGAAAAGAUCGGAGUCACGGUCCAUAUGUGGAUUCGUCUGUGCAGACCUGAGUCGUGGCUUUUUGGUGGGGGACCUCAUUGUCUCUGAUGUUUACGUUCUCUCUGUUCCGACACUUACCAGGCUUGGAUGAUCAUCGAUCAGACUGGAGAUAUGAUUUAUGACUUCGCAUAAUGUUCAGAUCGCGAGACUAUGUUGGCCUUUUUUUUCUAAAUGCGGGAGAAGAAUGGACUCUUCGUGUACUUGAUCAGCACAGUGUCCAAAAGCAGACAAAUGUUAUGUGACCAGCUUCGAGUAUCAAUUAAUGAAAAUAACAUCGUUUUUUUGAGGAAGUAACCAUGUUUUCAUAGGUUCUUCUCAUGUUGAGGUCGAA